AUGCGAACAAAAGUCCAGUUCGACUUUUACGAGCUCCCAGUGGAGAGCUACGGCGCCCUCCGGGAUUCGAUGUUGAACCACAUCGACAGGUUUCGAGCCGCAGAGCACCAGCCCAUUCACACGCAGCUGGCCAUUGCAUUGGCGGACUUGGCUAUCCAAAUGGAUAAUGCUUGGCCCAACCCGAUCGAGACGUUGUUCCAGCGCUUCGGCCAGACUCCACAGAGCUGGUUCACUUUGUUGGAGGUGAUGAAGAUGCUUCCAGAGGAAAACAACAACUACAAGCUGAUGACAGACAGCUUCAAGCGUGAAAGCUGCAGUCAAAGACUCCAAGCAGCGACGGCGCAGGUCGUGCAAUUUCUCUUGAAACUGCAGUGUUCAGACGUGCAAGCCAAGCGCAAAGUUCUGGAGCCACAGCCUCUUGAGAGCAGUCCUGCCAAACUUGUGCUGGAACUCGACACUUUGCAUCUUCCGUUGCUGGUGCAGCGUCCAAGCCCAUACCCUGCUGAACUAAAUGCCUCCGCCCUCGACCCUAUCAACCCUAAGCCCUGGAUCUCCUAG